AUGCUGGCUGUGCAUGUGUCGAGUGUCACCACAGGCCAGGAGAUCUGUGUGAUUUCUGCAGGCCGCGACUGGUCGGUGCACGAACUCAGCGUGAAGCUGGCGAGCCAGCAGCAGGUGUUGCUGCACACCCUGACAUUUCUGAAGGGCUCAAGGGUCUUGGAGAAGCUUGAGCUUCUGCGGGACUUAUUGGACGCAGAGGAGGACACUUUGGAGCUGCAGCUUCUGCGGAGGUCCUGGGUUGUGACGGUUGUAGAUGGCCGAGACGAAGGCUCGAAGGAAGAAGGGGAAAGCGCUGGCUCGUCUACAGCCUCCCUGAGAGAGGUGGAUGUUGAGGCUUAUCCCGAGUGCCUUCUGGCGGAGUUCGGAGUGAAAAUCGCUGAGAAGCUGGGCUUCGAGCCUGCCAUUCGCCCUGAGCUCGCCCUCGCUGGGCGCACGCUGGCCUGGGAUUAUGAGAAGAACGAGAGCCUGGCCAACCUCGGCAUCCAGCCUGGUACCAGGGUGCGUGUGGUGGGCACCGCAGAUCUAGCACUGGUGUGCAAAGGGAGGCCGGCUUUGCAAAGCCGGCGUUCAGAGUUCUUGGAGUCCGAUGCGGCCCUCUGCCUCAUGGACCAGUGCCAAGCUGGCACGCUGCUGAGGAUCUUCGCGCAGGACAAACCCUCUUCGUCUGGGCCGCUGGAGGUUCUGCACCCUGGCCACGCGUCGUCCUGCGACGGCCUUUGGAGACUUCCCGGGCUCCUUUCAGACUCGGAAGCCUCCCGCAUCAUCGUCGGUUCCAUGCAUCUGGGGAUGGCCCCGAUGGCCGUGGACGACUUCGCUGGGACCCGGCGGUACCAGCGCCUGGUGGUCCGGGACGAGGUCCUGGCCCAGGAGCUCUGGUUGCGUGCAAAGCCCUUGGUUGAGGAGGCGCUUGCAGAGCAGAGCAAGCGACCCUUGGGCUUCGCUUGUGUGCAGGGGGACUGGGAGUUGGAAGGACUGAACUCCUGCUUCCGAGUCAACUCCUACGGCCCCGAGGGCUUCCUGAAGCCCCACCGGGAUGCGCCCUUCAGCCCGGACGUGAAUGUCCGGUCACUGUGCACGCUGCUCAUCCCACUUAGCUCUGCAGGCAGGACACGAUUCUUCCACCCAGUCCAGCCCAAAAUGGAUUAUCGUGGGAUGACUUUGAAGGAGGAGCUGGAUGCCAGAGGCGGGCUAGCUGCCGGCUUCCAUGCUUCGGACAUCUUCCUUUCUGUCGGCUCUGGGCUUCUCUUUGGCCAGAGCCUUCUGCACGAGGGCAUCCCCGCCGACGCGGAUCACCACAAGGCGCUCCUGCGCACCGAUGUCCUGGUGCGGCGCAAGCCUCCUAUUCCUGGGGUGCUGCUGACCCCCGCAGAGCGCAAGGACCAGACGGCGGCACUUCAGUUGUUCAGGGAGGCGCAGCACUGCGACUUGAGAGAACAGCCCAGCAAUGAUCUCUAUGAGCGGGCGCUGUCCUACCGCUAUUUCCACCCAAGUGCAGAUGCGGCCGAAUCUCUCGAGGCGCUUGCAAAGCCCCUUGAGCCGGACUCGGAGGACCAGCCCUUGCUCCCGAGCCUCCUCCUGGAGAGAUUUCCGCACUUUGCCAUUCCCGAGCUGGACUUGUUGAACGGUGCGGUGGCAGCCUUCAAGCUGCCCAAAGAGAAGCCCGAAAGCCAAAGAUGCCAAGGAUACGGAGCCAAAGAAGCUGCCGAACCUGCCCAGAACGCUGCCCAGGGCACUGCCCAGAGCACUGCCCAGAGCACUGCGAAGCACCUCAGGGUCGCUGCCAUGUAUGCCCUCCACCUCCUGGGGCACCAUGCGUACGGUGAGAACAGGAAUUUAUACACGGUGAACUUCGACCCCCAGCUUCAGAAGGUCACCGCCCUGCCCCUCGAAGAGCUGCUCCUCGCAGCCUUCGACGCCCGGCCCUGCCAUGGCGCCGUCUACAACGUCAUGCCACGUGAGGGGAGCGUGGAGAAGGACUUCGAGGCCGCUGUGGAUCGGACUCACAUGGCCCUUCAGCACGGCUGCACCCACACUGGCCAGGACUUGUUGGCUGGCUUGAAGAGCGAGGCCUUUGCCACCGAAUAUGACAUCGAUUUCGACUUGCGAGUUGGAGAGGAGGAGCUGGACCUGCAAAGCUUCACCGACUCUGUUCGUCUUCGGUACAAGGAGGACUUCGCCCGCGAGUGGCCAGCGCCAGCAUCAGCCACGCCGGACUGGCAGAGGUAUUUGACACGGCUCCUUUCCGACGAGGCGGGUGUCCCUGGCCUGGAUCUUGUGGCCACAGCUAUCGGAGAGCGCUGCCAAUCGCUGGACGAUGAGGGCACCACCUACGAGGAAGAGGAUCACAUCACUGUCCAGGCUUCGCCCAUGAACCACCUGGUCUUCGACUUUAGCAGGCACAAGCUCGUGGUUCAAGCCCAGCCCCACGCGCAGUCGCAAGGGAAGCCCUACGACCCGGAGGCCCUGUGGCUGGAACUCCUGGAGCAGUGGAAAGCUUCAUCACAAAAGCCUCCAGCAAACUGCGUGCUUGGCGUCGCCGGCCGCUGUGGAAAGGGUCAGAGCUCGCGUCUGACUUUCGUGAAGGAUACUGCAGAGACCGUGGCAGUGUACGUGGACCACAAAGCCUCGCGGUGCCUGGCACGUGGGGAUUUGCAGUUGCUGGCCGCGAGGCGGUGCGUUCAGUGGUCGGAUAUGGAUGGAACGACGAAGAGUUGGAUGGUUGCAAGGGAUGAGUUCCAGGCUUUGGCAAGCUUCAUGGCCUCUCCGGGCUUUGUCUUCGAACGCUACGAGGUCUCCUUGGCCGCGCUUGCACGGAAGGGGAGCAGCUUCCACCACGCCGGUGAGCAGAAUGGCGUCACCUCGGUGUUGACUGUUCAGGUUGAGCACGCCGGGCUGGCCUUGUCGGACCACACCUCAACAGUACUCUGUGGCGUCACGGCAGACCAACUGACAGGUGCGGCCAUGGUUUGGACGAUCUACCAUGGCCUGUCUGCCUUGUAA